AUGAGGCCGCUGGCACCGUGUCGUGUUAUCUUGUUAGGAUCGAUUAAAGCUGCCGGUAUGGAGGUGGACGACACAAAGGAUUCUGAGAGUGAUGGUGUAGGGCUGAAGCCGACAGGGCAGGCGGCGGGCCGCCCUCGGUCAUUGAGCCCAGCCGCUGAGCCAUCAUCGAAGGACGUUGAGGAUAAUUAUAGCCAACAAUCAGACGAAGAAGCUGGGGAUGAGGAUGAGGAUGAUGAGGAAGAGGAGCCGCGCCUCAAAUAUGCUUCAUUGACCAAAAGCAUUGGCUCCGUAUAUCGAAAUGGAGAUGCUACAAGCUCCUUCCUGACUGCGGGAGACAAAAUGAUCGUUGGGACACAUAAUGGAAAUAUUCAUGUUUUAUCCGUCCCUUCUUUCCAGAUUCUUCGUGUUUACCAUGCGCACUCCGCAACCGUUUCCUCCAUAUCAAUAUCACCCUUUCCACCUUCACUCCCCAUGCCCCAGCUGGAUACAUUUCGGCAAUUUUCCAGUGAUAGUAAUAGCAUCAAAUCGCAAUCUACUACCCAGAAAAAUAAAAACUCGACGAAAGCCCAACCUGCAAUCCCAGCGACCCCCUCGAACUCUAUCUAUAUUGCGUCGUCCUCCAUAGACGGAAAUGUCUGUGUAUCAUCGUUAGUGGACCCAAGAGAUGUCCUCCUACGUAACUUCGGACGACCAGUCCAAGCUGUAGCUCUCUCACCUGAAUACAAAAAUGACAAAAGCUACAUUUCAGGAGGACUAGCUGGUACAUUGGUCCUUACAACUGGGGGCAAGGUUGGGACGAAAUCAAAUUCUACAGUUAUGGGAGUCUCUGCCCCCAAUACUUCGGGUUGGUUGGGCUCUCUUGGUUUAGGCGGAAAUUCCGGCAAAGACGUUGUUCUGCAUAGCGGAGAGGGAACCAUUAGUACCAUAAAAUGGUCACUAUCAGGGAAGUAUGUAAUGUGGGUAAACGAAGAAGGAAUCAAAAUAAUGCGGACAAAUUUACACCUCGAGAAUGCGGAUUCUGAAUUCGCCUGGAAACGCAUGAGCCAUAUCGACCGACCUAAUCGUCCCGGGUGGGAGGAAAUGGCAAGCGUUUGGAAACCGCGAGCAGAGUGGGUGGACGAAAAUUCCGUGGAUGUCGACGACGAUCCUGGAAAAUUACAGUCACAAAAACAGUCCCCAGCUGCUAACGCGAGCAACUGCCGAAGUCGAAGCUCAGUCGAAAAACUCGUGGUGGGCUGGGGUGGCACUGUUUGGAUUAUCAAUGUCUUUCCAGGUGGAUCCAGUACGGGAAAGGAUGUUGGAGAACGGAAAAUUGGAUCCGUAGGAGUUGCAACUAUAUUACGCACUGACUGUAUUAUUUCCGGAGUUUCGCUAUAUACCCCAAAUUUGCUUCUUGUACUUUCUUAUCUGAUACCUGAGGACGAAAACGACGAGUCCAACGCGAAGCAGGCAGGCCCUCGACGCGGAAUUCGUCAUCGACAAAAUGGCCUUGAGCCUGAACUUAGAUUGAUUGACAUCGAAACCAAAGAGGAACUUAGUGCGGAUACCCUGAGUGUCAAAAAGUACCAAACGUUUUCCGCAUCGGAUUACCAUUUAGGUGUUCUACCUCCAAUUCGAGCACCUACAGCAGCAGUACAGCGAGGCGCACUCGAGGCUAUAGGGACUGGACUCUGGGACGCAACCCUAUAUCCUACCCGCCUUUUUAGCUCCGCUGCUAGCGUACGGAGCAACGGCAGCAGCGGCGACAAAGGUUCAAGCAUCCGUGGAGGGAGUUCAAUAAACUCGAUGGGUUUAUCAGCCAGCGACAAACAGGCCAAGGAGCUAGCUAUUACAGCUACCGGCGGAAUCAAGAUAUUCAUCCACAGCCCUUAUGACUGUAUAAUUGCAAUAAAAAGAGGCAUUGUAGAUCGUUUAGCUUGGCUAGAUAGUCAUGAAAAGUAUGAAGAAGCAUGGGAGUUAAUUGUCCAGCACCCAGAAGCUGCUGCCGCUACCUUGGAGAGGGCGGAGAGCCUGCCUUCGACCCCGACUAAGCCACAGAGUACCCUCGCGGAUUUUUUCUCUGAUGACAAUGCAUCGGUCAAGACUGCUAUCCAGGCCGCAAACUCCGCGCCAGAAAUGGAAAAGCGCCGUAUUGGAGAACGUUGGCUAGAGCAGCUUCUUAGUCAAGAAAACUGGGAGAGAGCUGGGCAAGUGUGCGGCAAAGUCCUCAGGACAACAUCCAGAUGGGAACACUGGAUAUGGAUUUUUGCGCGCAACAAUAAGUUCGAUGAAAUAACGCCCCACGUCCCAAUUGAGAUUAGCCCCCCGCUUCCCUCUUUGAUAUACGAAGUUAUUCUUGGGCAUUAUGUUUCCCGAGAUCGUAUCAGAUUUAAGGAACUACUCGAACUAUGGCCUACCGAUCUUUUCGAUAUUACAAGUGUAACCGCUGUCAUAGAAGACCAGCUCCAAUCGAAAGUUGUCACGUCCGGCUCGGAUGACUGGAAGAUUUUGAUGGAUAGUCUAGCGAAAUUGUUCCUAGCAGGGAGGCAUUACAGGGAAGCUCUCCAUUGCUACAUCAGUCUCCAGGAUGAUGAGGCCGCAAUGCGAUUAAUUCGUGAAUAUCAUUUGUUGGAUGCUAUAGCCGAUGAUAUUCCCGGCUUCAUUCUCAUUCGCGUCUCGAAAGAUCAAUUGAAAUCAGCGUCUAUACCCGAGUUGGAUGCUGCCACAGUAGAUCCCAUCAAAGUUUUGGUGAGGGAAGCGGCCAAUGGUGUCGUUGGCCCUGAAGCUGUUGUUUCACAGUUACAGGCCACAAACCGCCGACUGUUUCUUUUCUUCUAUCUACGGACUCUCUGGAGAGGUGAUGCAACAUCAACCGCUAUAGAGAAGCCUUCCAGAUUUCGACACCAGAAGAUGGAUGCUGCAGAGAAGCUUGUCGUUGAUGAAAGACGCGCUCUGAUUGAUGGCCUCUCAGAUAUCGUCAUCGAAUUAUUCGCAGAGUACGAUCGUCAAUUAUUAAUGGAGUUCCUCCAGUCAAGCACAUCUUAUUCAUAUAGCGCAGCCAGCUCAAUAUGUGAAUCUCGCCGUUAUAUCCCUGAGCUUAUUUAUCUCCUAUCCAAAACUGGCCAAACAAAACGAGCACUCAACCUCAUCCUGUCAGAUCUUAAAGAUGUCUCAUACGCCAUCUCAUUUGCCAAGUCACAAGAUGACCCUGAUCUUUGGGAAGAUCUCUUGUCCUUCUCGAUGGAUAAACCCGAAUAUAUCCGCGGCUUGCUUGCCGAGGCGGGAACUUCAAUUGACCCGAUAAACCUUGUCCGGCGUAUACCAAGCGGCCUGGAAAUAGAAGGGCUAAGAGAAGGCCUUACUAGAAUGAUUCGGGAACAUGACAUCCAAGCCUCCAUCAGUCAAGGCGUCGCGAAAGUUUUGGAAGGAGAGGUCGCGACGCGAAUGGACAUCUUACGUCAGGGACAACGGCGAGGCAUUAAAUUCGAUAUCGUCACUCCCAGCUCGGGCCUAAGUCAGAAGCAGCAAGAUACUCAGGAAACUGAGGAGUUGGGCAGAGGACGUUGCGCUGGAUGCCGUAAGCUGUUCAGUGAGCAAGAAACCGAAACCCUCAUCGGCUUCGCCUGCGGCCACAUCUUCCACGUCUCCCACCUACACCUCGACCACUACCACCACCAACAGCCUCCCACAACUACCUCCAAUACAACAACAGAUCAUGAACAACGUCCCACCUCCCCAACCCCAACUCUCCGCCCACCACCACCACCACCACAAACCUCAUCGCGACCACACACAGCCUCAACUUCAUCCCCAUCCCACCCAGACUAUGCAACGACUCAAUUCUCCCCUCUAUUUUCCCGCACAGUCGGCCCCAAAGUGACCAAUGCACGUCUCUUACGAGACAAAGUUGGCGACGGAUGCGGCAUUUGUACAGCGAAGAGUAAUAUCGAUGAAGCGGCACAGGGAGGAAUUGUGGUGUUGCGAGGGAAGUGA